GGUGUCUUGAAUGAACGUUGGAUAUUUUUUUAGGAAUAGUUUAUGGAAAGUAUAUCUUAGAUUUGCCAAAAGUAUAUAGAAAAUUGUGGAUCAAACAAUAUGGCGGGAUGUCAUAUAAUCCGAAUAGUGACAAUCACAUUAGUAUUAGUAUUAUCGACUCAAGCUGUAACUCAUUUUAAUCAAAUGUGGAAAAAAAUAUUAACUAGCCGCAAAUUUACAACAAUAACAAAAGACAAUUUACAAAAAUAUUUUCCUGGAUAUUUUCGAACACCAUCAGAACAAUUAGAAUAUGAAAGACUUAUCUUAUAUGGUUCAAAAAAUAAAAUACCUGUGUCAACCCAAAGCAUGGCACCUUAUAAUUACCAUUGUAAUGUAGACUGCCGUCGUAGAUACGGACCAUUUCAUAAUAUGAGAUUUAAACGACAAGCCGGAGGAGGAUCAGGAAAUAACGAUGAUUUCAUGCACGCAUGUUGUGUAACAAACGUUUUCUUCGAAACACCAGAUUUAAAACCCAGUGUGAACGGUGAUAAUAGAAAUUUACUCCAUCUCCCAGGAAUGAGGCAGGUUUUUAAAGUAGAAAAUUGCAGUCAAGCUGUUGGGUGUACCGGUUGCAGAUGUAUGCAUGAACAGGCUUUAGCUUCAGCAGUGGUCAUUAAACAGCACAUUCCACCUUCUUUAGCAGAUCAAAUGGACGAUUUGGAAAUUGAUUUAUUUUAUUUUAAUGGUUGCUGCAAAUGCGUCAAUUACGGUUAAAGACAUUUUAAUGUGAUGUCAUUUUCACUCUAAUUUUUUUUUCAAAAACACUUAUAGUUUUCUCGCAAAAAUUAGGGGAUACUUUUACAUUUUGAAACAUUUUAUAAUCGAACAAUGAAGGGAAUCGUCCGAAGAAGAAAAUUUCUCAUCUCUUGACUUGAACAACCAAUGAAGUUAUAUAAUUUUUAAAUUUUCCAAUCAACUUUGCAUCGAUACCAAAUAAAUGAUUUGAUGUCAUUCUAGGGGAGAUACACAACUGCUUCUUUCUUGAUAAAUUUUGUUUAGCAAAUUAAAUUCUAAAAGUUUGUGUGUGCUACUCAAAUUUGCAGAUUAUCUUUUGCACUGAAAAUCCUACAUGUUAAGAAAAUAUAACAAUGCUUAAAACAAUCAUUAUAUGAGGUUACGAGGAUUUUUAUCCUGCAUACCUGAGAUUAAAAAAUAAUCUAGAUUCUAUGUCCAAUAUUUUUGGAAAUCUCAGUAUACAAAUAAAACUUAAAGGGAUAUUUAUUCACUUAUAUAUAGCAUAGAUAGUUUGCACUGCAUGUACAAUAUCAACACAUAUACCUUUGGUCAUAGAUCAAUCCUUCAGUUGAAUAUAACUUCAAUAUUUUGUAUGAUUCCAUGAAUAAUUAUAUUGUACAUACUUUUCGUUAUAUUCUUUCUUAAAUGCGAUAUUCAUUAAAAAUGUCAAUCUUUAGAUUUAAUUUAAAACUUGACAUACAACACAAUUUAGAAUCGUAGCUCCAAAAAGUUAUUUCUCAAAACUUUGUAUGUUUUUUUACCGCAAAUUUGACACCGGAAAUCAUAUUGGAAUAGCAUAUUAUACCAAUAUAUAAUUUUCACUGAAGUCCUAGCACUUCGAAAUGUUUCUUAAAGUUAAGAUUUUGUAUAACUAAAACCAAGUUUUUACCACAUUGUUUUUUGUAGUAAACCUACAACAUUUUCUUAUGACCAAACGGUGUAUUGCUUAUAUGUACACAUACACAAUAUAUAGAUAUAUAUAUAAAUUUAUAUUUACUCGCAUCAACUGGAAACAAAACUACGGCAAAUGCAUUGUAAACCAAUAUCGAAACAAAUUGUCGAAAAGAUAAGUAUUGAAAGGAUAAAAUGUUGACGCAUCAAAUCCAGCAUUUUUGAGGUAAAUAUUAUCUUAAAGUUUCUUGAAAUAUCAUUUUUAAAUUAAAAAAUGUUAAGAAACUAAAGUUCAACUCCCUGAGCAAAAUUGAAAUUUGACGGAUUUGAAUAUCAUUCUAGUCUCAUUUGGUGAGUCUCUUUUGUAUAAAUUACCUUUAAAUUCUUUUAAUAUAAUGUAUUUCUGAAAUUCACCUAAAAUACUGUAUUUCCUCCUUGUCAAUUAUCAUUUUGCCAAUAACACUGACGAAACGUAUUCAGUUGUGUUUAUUAAUCCCAAAAAUUGCCAUUGUUAUAUUUUUGGGACAAAUUGUAGUAAUAUUCAUUGGGGGUGCGACUUCAUAUCGUUGAAACGUAACCUACGUAAAUGAAUACAAAGUUGGCAAUAUUAUAUACAUAUAUACACCAACCAUUUGCUGUCUCUUUGCAAUCUACAUGACUUGCAUUGGAUAUUUUCGAGCUAUUUUAGAAGCAAUGUUUUACAAUUAUAUUUGCCAUUACUACCAAUUUUUGGAAAGUUCCGUUUUAAAAAAGUCAAGCUGCCAGCAAUAACAAUGCAAUUUGUCAUAAUGCGAAACUAAUCAAAUGAAUAUCACCUAGAAAAAAGGCAACAUGUUUAUGUGAAAGUAAACAUAAAAACACAGCUGCAAGCAGGUCAUAUCAUUAUAUAUCACUACUGACUUCUGUUCAUUAUAAAAUCAAUGUUUUGUCAAUAUUUGUCAAUGUUUGUAUAAUCUGUUAUGUAUGUUCGUAAGCUUGUAUUUACCAUUGACUGUUCCCUUCUUAUUAUCACAUUCUGUAGCAAAUAUAUGUAAUUGUUUGUAUAAAUGAGGUAUUCCAAUUAAAGUAGCUCAUCACUUGAUGAACAUACAAUAA